AUGGAACGUAUGACACAAGCGCAAGACAGACGACAUACUGCAAAAAUAUUCGACGAACAAAUGCAUUGUUUCCAAGGGGGUUUGAAAUUUUAAAGCAAUUUAAACUAACGAAAAGAAGUGUUACCGUGAUUUAUAAAGUAAUUUCAACUGUUGAAAGACGAGCAAUUUUACAUUUGCCAUGGAUGAAAAACAAAGAGUGAUAUCGACACUGCGUGCGUUGUUAGUUUUUAAAAAAGACGCAACACCACUACGUGAACUCAAACACGAUUACUGUGAAUUGGAAUUCACAAAUGAAAUACCGUGUUUCGAACACAAAAGUGUUAUUGACUUUCUGAUAUCCAGCGGUGAAUUUACUGUAAAUGUAGAGCCCACCGGUUUGGUAACUGUUCGCGAGAAGCCAAAAUUGUUAUCAUCUCAUCUGAAGAAGGCGUCACAACAGAAAACGCGCUCAACUCCAGGCUCAGCCGUAGUGCAAGCUGUGAAAAACUUUAUUUGUAAAAAUCAAAAGCAGGAAGUUCCAGCAGUUAAGGAAAUAGAGUUGAGACAGUGGAAUGGCCCAGCUGAGAACACAUCUCGCUUGGUUGCAAAAGUGAACAUUGAAGUGGAUCCAAGAGAGAAACUUUGGGAGCAGACAUCGAAAACAACCACAAUGGACACGAUUGCUGAAUUAAAAACACAGUCGAAUCCAUUCAUCAAAGCACAAGAAGAAAAUGAUCAGAAACAUUUCAAGGAAACUGCGUCGAGUAAUCGACACGAGAUACGCGAGAUACGCACGAAAAAUACUGGCAAUAUUAUGGAUCGAUUUUCACAGAGUAAUACCGAAAAAUAUCACGACUCAUUCAAUAAACUGAACCGUAUGUGCGUUACUUUUACCAAAAGUCUUACCUGUAACGAUCAAAAUAAAUACCGUGCAGUGUUGCAGAUUGACCAUGUACAAUAUUUUGGUGAAGGAAACACCAGUGACGAAGCAAAUGACAAUGCAGCAAGUAAAUAUCUUCACUCAUUUGAAACUGGUGUGCAUCAGAAACGGGCGAACCAGGAAUAUUUAAAUGAUGUUGUACCAAAUUUAUCGAUCAUUAAAUUGUACGAAAUGUAUGAUGAACUGAAUUAUCGAACCAUUCUUCGUCCAGGCGAGCGUCACAUGUUUAAAACUGUUGUACAGGUCGAUUCGGUGAAUUAUUAUGGCAGUGGUAAAAGUUUCCAACAUGCUGCAGCCGCAGCUGCCGAUACGUGCCUUCAAUCGAUCAAACUUGGUCGUCAGAAUAAAUUAUUAAGCAGCACUGAUAAAUUGCUUCAUUUUAAGCAGAACUAAAAUUUGAACUUGUAAAAUUGAUUCAUUCAAAUCGUACAAUAUUGUAAUUGUUCAUGAAGUGUUCCCGAGAAUUUUAAGCUGCUGAUUUGUCUUUG